CGCUAACCAAUUACACUUUUUAAGCGGGAUUUUGACCUAAAUACUUCUGGUCAGUAUAUUUUGAUAACGUGACGAUUAUGAUUUGUUUAACACCGUGGCAUUAAGAUAUUUAUGAAAUGACAGAAAAUUAUCCUCGUGAAAUACAUAUACAUAAUGGUAAAUAUACACAAAACCCUACUACUUUUGGAGAUGAAAAGAAGGAACAUAACAAGUUAGCCCGAAAUGUUACUAUUCAUUGGUGUGCACCUGAAAGGUCUUAUCACGAAUUAUCACGCGAAUACACUGGUGUAGAUAUACGUAACAACGAGAUACAAAACACCAAUUAUCUCGUUGCACAAGGUGGCCAACUAAGACCAGCAAUAUCAGAAGUAGAAGGCCUAGACAGAUACGCCAAACAACUUAUGGAUGAAGUUCCUUCUCAUCCAAUACGUAAAAGCAGUCAAAUGAAUGGUUAUUCAUCUAAACACGAAGCUGUAAAUCACACAACUACAGAAUCCUUUCACUCACUUAAUGGGGAAAGUAGUUACAAGGCUGAUCAAAAACCUGUACAGAAAAGAUCAGAUGAUUUGACAACUUUUGAGAAGUUAUGCCAAAAUUUUUCAAAAGAUUCCACAAAUAAAAACGAAACACGAGCUGGAAAACGUUUAGGAUUUUAUCGAUUUGUUCUGGAUAUUGGUAGGGGGAAUUUUUCAAAGGUUAAAUUAGCUCUCCACAGUCUGGUUAACAUUGAAGUCGCCGUCAAAGUGAUAGACAGAACAAAAUUUGAUGAAAAGACCAGACGAUUACUUUCACAAGAAUUGACCAAUAUGGAACGCUUAUUACAUCCGCAUAUAAUACGUGUGUAUGAAGUACACGAAGUUCUACAACGUUGGCAUUUAGUAAUGGAAUAUGCUCCUAAAGGUGAACUCAAUUCACACUUGAAAAGAUCUGGUCGACUGGAUGAAAAAACCGCCAGGAAUUAUUCAUCACAGAUACUUUCAGCUCUUGAACAUAUGCACAAUAACGGCGUGGUUCACAGAGAUCUUAAAGCAGAAAAUGUUUUCAUUGUAAGCAAUAUGUACGUUAAACUUGGAGAUUUUGGUUUUUCUAAAUGUGCCGCCCCAGAUGCUGCUUUGACUACUUUUUGUGGUUCCCCGCCGUAUGCUGCUCCAGAACUCUUUGUUGCAGACUCCUACCUAGGACCGGCUGUUGAUCUUUGGGCACUCGGUGUUCUCACAUUUUAUAUGGUAACUGGAAGUUUACCCUUCAAGGCUGAUAGUUUACAGAAAAUUAAACGUCUUAUUCUAGCUGGUGAAUAUCGUAUUCCGUCAUAUGUUACACCCCACUGUCAAGUGCUAAUCUCUGGAUUACUGACUCAUUCUAUUGACAGAAGGUAUACAGUAACUCAGGCGAAAAAUUCCCCCUGGUUUUUAAAUGUCGACUGGGCACUUUUAGCCAGACACAAAGAUCCAACUCCUGACGAAAUUGAUGAUGCAUCUGCAAGAUAUUUAUUGAGAAGAUGGUGGAAUGUGGAUACCAUGGAGUUGGACAAAGCACUAAAAGAAGGUCCCAAGAAUAAGCUAACCGGUAUUUACCGCAUUCUUCGUGAUAAAGGUUUACCGUACAAAAAUGAUCCAACUCUACCUGAACAAAAGUACAAGAAUAGGCGUCGAUCUAAGCGCAAUGGUUCCUCCAGUAAUGGAAAAAGUAAACCUAGACAGACUAAUACAUCGCGUAGAGAACUGACAACUGUUGACCUACGAGAUCAAAAAUCUAUCAAAAAUGAAAAUUCUACACGUACAUGCAGUAUUCUGUAAAAUAAACAAACAAACAACAUACACACACACACACAAAGAAUCUAUCUGUAAACAAUUUUUUUAUUGUGAUCUACCUGAUUGAUCUGGAUUUUUUUUCGAUUUGCCAACUACAUUCAAUCACUCACCCAUCGAUUCGUCCCAUUUUCACAAUAAUGCAACAGACAAGAUCUAGCCUGCCUUCUACUCCCCUCCCCCUCCCUUCCUCUUAAACUAAAUAGACCAGAAGUAUGCAGUUCUCCUAAAAGAGGUGUUGUUUUUGUCAAUAUAUAUAUUUAUUACUUAUUGUAUAAGUCUUUCUAAAAUUGUCGUGUUUUUUUGGUUCUUUCAUUCUCUGAGUAAACAACUUUUUGUUUAUCACUUUUUGUACUGACUUUUCAUAUUGCCGGAGUAACAAUUUAUUUUAUUUCACAAAGAAGCGUCUGCCUUAUAUUCAUCACCUUUGCUGCCUCAAUUAUUAUUAUUAUUAUUUCCGCGUCUAGGUGUGUUUACAAUAAAUAAAUCUUAUAUUUUCACACAAGAUGUAUGUAGUAAGCAUAAUUAUUUCUGUGUUGUAUUAAUCGGUUACAUAAGAGAAUUUUCUCGUUACCUGGAUUAUGAUUGUGACUGGAUACACCCCCCCCCCCCAAUCAGUCAGUCAGUCAUUAUCGACCAACUAAAUCCUUCUUUCAAUCAUUCAGUCAAUCAACUAGAUCCCCUAUUAAAUGUUUCACACUGUUCUUCUCUCUUCGUAAAGCAUGAGAGAUGAUCAGUGCAUCCAUCGAUCAGCGUUUUGCACAGUGAGUGACUCACUGAGACUGAGAGAUGAGUGUUUAAUUCAACUGAAUACAUAUAUGUGCUCCUAUCUUCUCAAUCUUAAAUGUAUAUGCAUGCAUGUAUGCGUUGUCAUCGUUACUGUACUGUUGCAAUCUCUACACUGGUAUUCCCCUGUUCAACAAACAAUCUUGUUUUUGGUUUUCGCCUUUUUGCCAACCAUGAAUUAAUUGCCUUCCUCUUGUUUUCUGUUUUUUUGUGUUCUCUUUCAUUUGAUUUCAUUAUAAUAAUAAAAAAAACAAACAAAUUUUCUGCUGUGAAUAAAAUGUGAUGCCAAGAAAAUACCUUAUUUUGUAAUUCGAAUUUAUACAAAAAACAUGUCUGUGAAAUUUUCAAUGUGAUUCUACACUACUUUCAAUGGUGCAUAUCAUUCUAUGAAUAAUCUUUAUUACUAUUAUUAUUACUAUUAUUAUUAUUAAAAAGUUUAGGCUUUAAAAUUCAGCGAAUUUCAGUGACAUACUUCGGGCUGAGAGAAAUCUAUGCGAAUGUUUGCUAACUCUAAUGUGUUGUUCUGUUAUCACAGUAUAUAGAACACAGACCAACAGGAGAAGGGGACAUACACAAACACACACAAUCCUCCUUGUUACACAAUUCACGACAAUACUUUGAUAAGCUGUAGGACAGAUAACCAGAUAACGAAUAAAACGUCAUUUGAAAUUGAAUUCUUCUUCUUCUUCAUCUAGUGAAAGUGUAAUUAAAUUAUUCGUCUGGUAAAAACAGACCUACUGUUGAAUGCUGUUGUAUUUUUUGUUAUUGUUUUUUUUUUAAAUCUAAACACUCGAUCCUGGUGUUUUUCCACUGUUUGGUCUAUUAAAUGAGCAUACGUACAUACUCCUAGAACUUCACACAACACCCCCACCCCCACGUUUGCCAUCUCAUAUAUAUAUGCACUGUUUAUAUAUUAUGUAACAUGCUGUGAAUUACUAUUUUUACCUUUUUUUUCUAAAUAGUAUCAUAUGGUUUCUAUGUGAAAAAGAAAUAAAAUAAAAAG